UUCAUUGAUUGAUCUUUUUAACAACAAGUCAAUAAACACCUUUUUAGUGCUUGACAUUCUUUGACACUACAUGUCUUGUUUUUUUAACGUUGUUUAGAAUUUGCUGCGUUCGGAGGUUAGCAGAGCGUGCGAAUUGUUCGUUUUCAUCCUUCAAUUCAUACUUUCUUUAUUUAUUAAAACCAAUCAAUUUGGUAUCUGUAGACGAUCUCUCGAGCCUUUAGCUUCAAAGUAAAGGAUACGUUGUGCGAAAGCUGAGGAUCUAUUCGGUUGUCUUCAACUACUUCAACUAAUCAACUGAACAAAGCUUGUUGUGGUUCUUUCUUGUUAUAUGACAGGACAAAUUCAGACAGACAGUACAGUAAUCGCUGCCACCGCCUGUAUAAUGGAGGAGGAGGACAUAGAUCCAUUUUUGGAAUACGAUGAAGACAAGGAAUGUGCUACAGGUGCUUUGAAUGAACAAGAGCAAGCAGUAUGUGAAGAGGAAGGUACACAAAGCAAUUUUCGAAGUAGUCCUGUUUUCAAUACACCCAAUUUUAGGUUUAAUUCUAACCACAUUUGUCGAAGGAGCAGGAUACGAAAGUCUACCUCAAACCUUCCUCCUCAAGAGUUUUCUUUGCCGCUUGCUGGACGGUCUUUAGAAAAUUUUAUAAGUCCUCAAAAAUCUCCCGAAAAUGUGUUUUUCUCGCAACAGUUAGAAACUGUACAGGCAGUACUUGAAGCAUCUGUCAAUGAAGUUGCAGAAGAAGCUCUAUCAUCUCAUAGAUCAGAUUCAGAGGAAGACAUAUUUGUCAGCCUACCCUCUACUGCAUACAGUCAACAAGUCAUUCCAAGUGCUAUAAAUGACUUAAUUAAUUGUCCUCAACCAGCUGAUGUUUCUUGGACUAGUUCAAUGGCUACACCUCUGGCAAGCAAUGUCACCUACUCAAACUUGAACACAGAGGAACGUAAUGUCCUUCUUCCUAGUGAAGAUUGCGGUGUGCCUGUUAAGCCUCGGGCUCUGUUUUCUACCGAUGCCAAUGACACGGGUGAUUGCCACUCACUGAAUAUCAGUGCAGAUGCUGAUUACCUUCAAAAUGUUCAAAGUGAAAAAUUUCUUAAAACACCCAAAUUUACCAAAAAGCUAGAUCUUAAAGCUUGUUUUGAGAGCCCUCUAGCUACAACCAGUGUUCAUCAGGAAGGUGCAUCUUCAAUGAAGUUUCCCAAACUGCUAAAUGAAAUUUCUAGAGGUUCACCUAUUCUAUCUGGUAGUGACUUCCAAAGAACUCCAAAUCACAGUCUGAUUGAAGGAGAUGAAGAUUUAUUUGACAAUGCUGAUGAAACUGGCAAUUUGUCGUCUCAUCAUUCUGGCAGUAAUAAGGAUUGUAGUGCUGAAUCAACUCCAAAUAUUGGAAAGAGAAGGAAGUCUCCACAAGAUGCAAGUCCUCCUCACAAACAAGAGUUAAGUAAUGCUGAUUCAUUUCUUCAAGAUAUUUCCGUCACUGCUUUGGAAGAAGUUUGUAAAGCUCAGGAGUUGAGAAGUGCUUUGCAGUCUCCUGCUGUAACACCAGAGAAAGAGAAGCAGCCUGAUACAAAAAGAAAAAGAUUGCUAUUUUCCACCAAUCUUGCUGCCUGUAACUCAAUGGAAGCAGUAUUCAAAACCCCUGAAACUAAAGUGAAACAGGAAGAAGAAGUAUCUUCUACUAAAGUGAAUAGCACAGAUGAUAUUAUUCCUGAUGACUCCUUUAUGGAACAUUUAGCUGCUAUGAACACUUCAAUAUUUAGUGAAGAGUUCCAACCUACCACAAAAGUACAAUUAAUUAAAUCUUCUGUUUCUCAGAUGGGAAAGUUUUCAUAUUCUGUUGACCAACAAGCUGAGGAGAAUUUUGAAAAUUCAAUAACCAAAACGGAACCCAAAAAGAUUAUGAAGGAAAUUAUUAGCUCUGUCUUGGCUCUUGAAUCUCAUAGCGCUCCAAGUAGUUCUAAGCAGAGGACUGUAAAAUCCACGGGGAAUUUAGUGGCCUUCAGCCAAUUACAAGGAGAAAUGAGUGAGGCUCCAAGUGAAGGAAACAUCCCUCUGGAAAGAUCAUUAACUGCAGUGAAUUCUGAAGACCACUCUGUGCCAAAUGUUGACCACUCUUUUUUGCGUGUAGACACCUCACCAUUGCCAUCCGCAGAGUUUCAAACAGCCAAUGGAAAUCAAAUCAAACUUUCUCAAAAGGCAAUUGACAAAGGUUUGAGUGUCCUAAAAGAGGCCAUGAAGGAUAUUCACCCCUCUUCAAACAACAUGUUGGAGGCCAUUCCACAAACUUGUUCUUCUGAGAAACAGGUUACUUCAACCAAUACAGGAAAAGAAUCCAAUAAAUCUCUUAGUGCCAGUUUUGAUGAUGACCAGGUUAAAGAGGAAGUAAAAGAACUUCUUAAACUUGUCAAUGAUGGUGAAAAUUUUCAACCAUGGCAUGAAAUCGAGGACCCUGGCUGUAACAAAUUAAAAGAAGAAUUGCAAAUUAAAAAUAGUGCAUCUGACAGUCAGAGCUCCAAGUCCUCUGUGAACGCAGGAUGUAAAAAUGAUGUAACCAGCCAUAUUAUUCUAGGCUCUUCCUCUCAUGGGUUUUGUACUGCAAAUGGUAAAAGUAUAUUGGUCUCAGAAGAUAAGUUAGCUCAGGCAAAAAAGCUAUUGUGUGAGACAGAUGACGAGUUAAUGAACCUAAAGUCAGGAAAUAAUGAUGAUUGCCUAGAUCGACCAUCAAUAAAUAAAAUGUCAUGCAAGGUUGAUAGAAAACGGAGUUCUGUAGAAGUCAAAGAUAGUAAUUAUACUACUGAAAACAAACGGGUCUGUCUUGAAAAUGUUUCCAGUGCUUCAAAGAAAGAAAUUGAAGAAAAGUCAAAAAUAUCAUCUUGCAGUACUUUAAAUAGCUGCGGAGUCAAUGAAAACUCUGUUUCAACUCAUAAAAUAGAUAUUGGGAUAAUUUCAAUGAACAUAUCAGAAGAAGCAUUAAAUGUUGUAAAUAAUUUGUUUGGAAACAAACCCAGUUUAGCCAGAUGGAAGCCAAAUGACAGUUCUGUUGAACUUGAAACGUCUAAAGGUUUUUCAACUGCAUGUAAAGCUGAAGAGGAAAGUGAAUGGAAUUUUAACAAGUCUAAAAUUGCCCAAGAUGCAUCAGGACUUGGACCCUUUGGCUCUGAGAAUGCAGAACAAACACCUUUCAGAACUGUAAAUGGAAAUGAAGUCUGUAUAUCAAAACCAUCUGUUGACAAAAUUAGGGACCAUUUCCCACAUAGCACUAAAGAGUCUUUGAGUGAUUUGAAAGUUGGGGGUUUCCUUAUCCCCAUAAAAGACGAAACUAAAAAUACUGAUGAUGCUUGCUUCACAUCUGCCAGUGGGAAGAGAGUUGCUGUAUCAGAAAUGUCAAUGGCCAGAGUGAAGAAUCUUUUUAAUGAUAUUUCAGCUGAAGACCCUAAUAUUUUAUCUGGUUUUGAGAAAAAAUUGACUGUGUCUAAGCAGGCCAUCAAGAGAGAGGAGGAUCAAUCUGAAAGUUCAGUUUUGACUUUGAAAGAAAUAAACAGCCAGAGCAAUGCACAAGUAGGCUUUUCAACCGCAAGUGGAAAAGCUGUAGAUAUUUCUGAAGACUCAUUUAAAAAGAUCAAAAACCUCUUUGAUGACAUUCCAAUAGACAGUACUUCUGAAUCAGAACACCUUUUACGCGCAUCAUCUGCACCCUCCAAUAUGUUAAGGGAUCAAAACCUUAGUGCACAGACUUGCAAAUCAUUUGCUCCUGUGAGUAAGCAAUGUAAAAGGACAUCAUUCGGAAGUAGAAAAUCUUUAAAAAUGUCUAAACCAUCACCGGUGAAAAAAGUUGACAAUGAAAUAGGCUCUGUGGUUUCCUCUUCUAUGGAAGGAGAUGCAGACAGUCCAUCAAAAAAAGGAUUUUUAACAGCAAGUGGUAAGGCUGUAAAUGUGUCAGAGCAAGCUCUUGAUAAAGUUAAGAAAAUUUUCAGUCAAUUUGACCUUGAAAUGAAUUGCUCAGAGUCCAUAGCAGACAAUGGUUAUGGAAGUACCCAUAUUGAGAACAAUUCAACUCAUAAUAGAAAUAACAGCAGUAAGGAAUACACUGUCCAGGGAUUCUCAACUGCAAGCGGGAGAAGUGUCAGCAUAUCUAAAGAAGCAUUAAACAAAGUACAGGGUAUUUUUAAUGAAGAAUUACUUCCUCCAGGACAUCUUGGAAUUGAAGGAAAAGCCAAAGCUUCUGUUACUGCACCAAAACUUUCAAAUACUGCUGCAUCAAAAAUUACAACAAAACAAAAAGAGAUAUCCGAGGGAACUUUUAACAUGGCUGGUUUCUCAACUGCUGGUGGUAAAGCUGUUCAAAUUUCUAAAGAAGCCAUGACAAAGGUUAAAAAUAUCUUUAAUGACUUACCCAAUGAUUCUAUGAGUGAAUGCUGUAAUGAUAAUCCAGUUUUGAGUAGUUCGACCAAUAAGUGUGAAAUUGUUGCACAAAAUUCUACAGACUUCAUGAUGGGUGCAUUUUCAACAGCUGGGGGAAAGUCUGUACACAUUUCAAAGAAAGCUCUCAGCAAAGCCCAGUCUCUUUUUGAGAAUUUACCAUUUGAUUCUUCUGUUGAUUCAGAAGAAAAUAAUUCUUCUGAUCCAAAUAGAAACAAAUCUUCAGAAAAUCAUGUUACUCUACCAGAGAACUGUGCUGGUUCCUCAACAGAGUUAGUUGGUUUCUCUACGGCAGCUGGUAAAGCUGUCCCGGUUUCCAAGGAAGCUAUGGAGAAGGCCCGAUACCUUCUUGACGAAUCACCAUCUGAGAGUUUAAAUAUGGUUCAAAACAGUGCAUUGUUGAAGACAAGUGUGCCUGCUGAACCAAAGUAUUCUUUUAACAGCCCACAUAAAACGUCUUGCUUCACCACUGCUGGUGGUAAAAGUGUUCACAUUUCAAAGGAAGCUUUGAAAAAAGCUGAAAAUCUUUUUGAAGAACUACCUUUACAGGCUACUAACACAACAGGAUCACAUGUCUUAUCAGUGUCAGAUAUGAAAUUUGGAACCACUAAUUCAGUUUCAAAUGAUUCAGGUGUUGGAUUAUCAUUUGAAUCAUUUAGUAAAUCUUUGCGGUCAAACACAAGUUUAGCAAAGACUGCAGGGGCAAAUGCCGUGAAUGUUUCUUGCUUUCCCAGUAACAACAAAGAAAACCAAAAUGUCAGUUUGAAUCAAGACUCAAAAAUAUAUGUGUCAAUGGAAAUGCCAAAAUCAAGUUUGACUCAAGAAAUAACAGCAAGCACUGCCGCAUUUUUAGCAGAUGAUGAGUUUUUUGAUGAAGCAGAGUCUAUGGAUGUUGCAGCAAAUGCUUUGAGAACUAUCAAAACCAGUCCUUCAAUGGUAAGUGAUCGCUUCAAUAGUUUAAAACCAAUUCUUUCAUCAGCACCAGAAAACAAAAGUCAGCCUCCUGCACCAACAAGCCCUAUUUUGGUCAGAAGCGACAGUAUGGGUACCAGGAGAAGAACCCGUAAGGGUAGACUAAGCCUCUCUUCAAACUCAUCUGUGGAUAGGCAACCAGUUCUAUCUGAGAACUGCAAUAAGUCUCGGUUUUCACUUCCACCAAAAAUUACUUCUACCGAACCCUCUCCUCUUACUAAUUCUGUUUUAAAUAGAGAAAGUUCAGGUUGUAGAAUGAACAGCAAAUGUAACCAAGAUAUUACACGAACUAGUGAUGUCAAAGAGACUUCUAAACUUCCCCCAUCUCGCAAGCUUUUUGACCAUGGAGGCACAUCAUCUGCAGAACUUGAUACUCCAAAUGCUAAAAGUAUUGGCAUUGCUCCACUGAGGGAAAGUAGUGCAACACCAACAAGUACUAGCAGCGAUAAACAAACUUCUGAAGUUACUAAGCCUCUCCAUCAGGCGCCAUUGAUUAAAAGAACAUUAGCGAGAAAUCUGAGUUGUUCAGCUUCAGGAUUUAAAACUCCAUACAAAACUACCAACAACAAAGAACCACUGAAGCGAUCCCCAUCCAGUCCAGCGCAAAAUGAACCCGAGGCAAAGAAGAGAAAAUCAGCUACCAAUCUGUAUGUCUCACAUAUUCUAUAUUCCUCAUUUGAAUCAACACCCUCUGGAAGCAGAGACUUACGUCCUGAAGUAGCAGAAAUGCGAAGAAGAGCUGCAGAGGAACAAAAACAGCUUGUAGAAAAUUUUGCUGAGCUUAAAGGAGAAUUGCUCAAACCUCGUAUUGGAAUUUGGUUUGCCAACAGAUCAGGGAAUAACCCUUGCGUUGAACGAAGAAAAAUGAUUGAUUUCGGUCGGCCAGCAAACUUUCUCUCUCAUGAGCUCUUUGAAAUGGGACUUCAGACAGCAGUGGUGUCCAUUAAUGCAGAUACCGCAGCAGAAUUCCGUUUUUCUGCUUGGGACUACUACAGUGAGGAUAUAUGCAAGGAAAAUGUAGCUGGUCUUCCUGUUGGAGAUGGAGCCCUUCUUGUUCUUGAUGCUCAAGGGACCGCUGGUGUUGAAGAAUUUACUAGGGCUUUCCUUGCAAGUCCAGGCGUAGAUCCGUCUUUAGUACCCCGUGGUUGGGUGAAGAAUCACUACCGUUGGAUUGUAUGGAAACUUGCAGCUUUAGAAAGGACAUUGCCAUAUCAAUUUGGAAAGAGAUGUCUUUUACCCCACACUCUAAUGUUGCAACUAAAAUAUCGCUAUGAUAGAGAGGUGGAUCGUUGUCAAAGACCAGCUCUCUGCCGCAUUCUAGAACAUGAUGAUUCAGCAGCCAAACGGAUUGUAUUUUGUGUUGCUGGUAUCAUAGGAGGCAAAGACUCAAAGAGUCCUCAAGUAGAACUGGAACUUACUGAUGGUUGGUAUAGCAUAAUAGCCACAAUAGAUCCGGACAUGCAACACAGAGUGAGAAAGGGAAUGAUCAAAGUUGGCACAAAACUCAUAACACAUGGUGCAGAACUGGUUAAUUGUUCAGAGGGAUGUUCUCCCCUUCAGGCAAGUCCUGACAUUCGUCUCAAGUUGUGCAGCAAUUCUACCCGUCGUGCUCGCUGGUAUACUAAAUUAGGUUUUCAAGAUAACCCUGGCCCUAUCAAAAUUGACUUGGACUCUAUACUUAGUUCUGGUGGUGUUGUGAGCUGUUUUUCAGCAUAUGUUGCUCGGGUCUAUCCCAUUGUAUAUAUGGAGAAAACUGAAGAGAGAACAGUUGUGAGAUCCCAGCGAGCUGAAUCCAAAGAAAUGACUAAAUCAGAAAAAAAAAGACAGCAGUUAGCUGAAGUAGUUUACAGUCAAGUUCAAAAUGAACUACAACUGGAACAUUCAAAAAAGAAGAUUAAAUCAGUGAAGUGUUCUCUUAAAAAUCUAUCAUCAAUUACCUCUGGAGAAGAAUUGUGUAACAUUCUGGAAAGUAGUGCUGAUCCUCUUAGUGUGCAGUGCAUGUUAAAUGAGGAGCAGAAAGGAAUAAUAGCAGACUAUCAGCGAUUGAGACAAGAAGAAUUACGCAGUGAAAUGGAAGCAAGAGUUCAUUUAAAACUUUCAGGAAAGUCUGAUAAAGAACGUCAGGUCACUGCAAUUCUGAAGGUGCGAUUAAUAGACUGCAGCAGUAGUAAGAGUUGCUCAGCCAUGCUGUCUGUUUGGCGUCCUUCUGAAGAUAUAUCGUCAGUUUUUAAAGAGGGACAAAAAAUUACCAUCUUUAGUGCUGUUGCAAGCGGAUUAAGGUGUGGAGAUUUGCAGCUGUCUGCCUCCAGAUCAACCCGUUACCAUGUAGACAAUUCAUCAGAGAUAAAGUCUGAUCUUGUACGAACUGUGUUUCCGCUUGAUUUAUCAUCUCUAACCAUAAGUUCACCUCGCUUCGGAGAGUUGGAUAUUGUAGGCAUUGUGAUAAGAGUUACUCCUGCACCACAGACACCAGGAAAUACAACCAACUUUCAAACUGCUUACGUCAGUGACUCUCAAUAUAAUAUUUUAGGUAUUACAUUCUGGGAAGGAAUAAAGGUGUUUGCUGUUGAAGAUUUAAUCACUCCCCGUGCCCUCAUUGCUGCUACUAACUUGCAGUGGAGGGCAGGGUCUGGUAAUAAAGCUAUUCCUAGUGUAUACGUAAGUGAAUUUUCAUUUUUCACAACAAAUCCCAAACCAGCAUACUUGCAUACUGCUUUGCAGAACCUCCGGCGCUCUAUAUCCAAUGACAUAAAGAUGUUCUGCAAAACGUGUGAUGACAAGCUAGACAAGAUACUUUCAUCGCCAGCUGGCUAUCCAAGAAUCCCCAAUGCUGUUCAACCUUCUUCAACAGAGCAAAACACACCAGUGUCAACAUCAACUUCUGCUCUCCAUCAUGAAAGUAAUCCUAAUUCCUCCUCUGAACUAGAAGUCAAGGCCCAGCAAAGAUUAUCUGUUGACUCACAGUUUGAAAGUCCUUCUAGUGCUGGAAUUUCACCAGCUGUUGAAAAAAGGAUAGCAAAACUUGAAAAAUACGGAGAUCCUCCACCAAUAUCUCCCAUAUUAAUUUGCCAGCCACGAAGGUCAUUAAAGAAAGCCUUUAAAGCUCCAAGGAGAACAGAUAGUCCUUCAUCUCUUGUUUGUAAGAAAAAAGAUUGAGAUGAUCUGCGGUAGUAAGUGAAGCCUAAGACUAACUACAUAAUAAUUAUUACAAUUAUGAUAUUUGUUCCUCCCUAUUUUAUAAGUGAUAUUACUUUGUACGGCUACCAGUAAAUAAAAUGUUAUUUCCAAGUCACCUUGUUUCAAGUAUUCAAGUUAUUUUUCUUUUGAAGUUUCAAGGAGUUUGAUUGUACUGUAUUAAAAAGAAUCUGAAUACAUAUGUCAAGUAUAAUAUUUUACUAUAGAUUUGUUUCAUCAUUUUGUUUUGCUUGAAAGGACUCAACCACCAUAAAUGGUAAACUAAAUCAAACUAAUAUCAAUUGUUAUUUUAUCAUAAUAACUGUUCUCAUACAAAUGUCUUUUUUUGCUUGUUAUUCCCCUACUUUUGCUGUCAGCAGCUGUUUGAAAGGACUCUUCAGGCAAAACAAAAUGGUUCUUAUCUUUUAUAUUGUUGUGUUGGUGAAAUAUUUAUUGAUGGAAUAAGAAGCUAACAGCUUACGAAGUUUACAAACCUUCAUAACUUUGUAGAACUGGCUUUUUUCCAUCAUUUUUUGUUUUUUGUUUUACUUUUUAUGCUGAUUUUAUUUAUUUGAAUGGAUUGCUGUACGUUCAUUUUCUUUUUACUGUUUUGAUUGAGUUUUUGCAAUCUACACAUUUUUUGGGACUAUGUAUUAUCUUUGUGCCUUAUAAGAUCUGAAAUUGUUACUUCUACGUCUUCUUUAGAUAGGAACCUUUACAAUAUGUGCACAGGUUGGCUUAAAAUCUGAUUUUUAUUGUAAAGAAUGUGAGAAGUAUAAAUGCUAUUGUCCAUGAAAAUGUAGCAAGAAAGCCCACAUAUACACCUGGGUGAUAUAAGUUCCAAGCUCUCAAAGCAAUAUUCCUCAAUGAAAUGGUCGCAGAUGUCAUUGGCAAAAUGGUGGCAAUGGGUCGCAUGAGUAUGUGCAUCCCUUCUAGAGGCCAGAGCAUACCUGAAAUUUUUAAAAAAACAAUGUGUUGUACUGUUUGAGGGCAGUGGUGACUUAUAUUCGGUAUGAUAAUACUCACUGCUCAUAAACAUCAGUGUGAAGUACGACCCUGUUCCAACCAAUGAGGCUGCUGUAGUGGAGUCGAAAAUGACGGCCGUUAAGAGUCCUGAAAAUAAAAUAAGUAAAUCAUAAAA